AAACAAAAACAAAUAGCUUUAGGAAAAAAUUUUAUGUAGGCAAACAAAUUGCUGAAAAUUUGUUGAAGCCAUAUUGGUAACCGAGGUUUCUAGAUGCCAAAAGGAAAAAAUGUCGGUCCUUUUUGAUUUUUGCUCGGAGAGAAGAAGAAGGUGGAGUCUGUGGCCUCAUCAUAAAAAAAAAACUAAAUUUUUGAUUUCAUUUUUUUAUAUAAAUUAAAUCAAUUUUAUUAAAAAAAAAAGAAUUAAUUAAACUUAAAACUAAACUUAAAACUAAACUUAAAGCUAAACUUAAAACUAAACUUAAAACUAAAUUUUAAAUUAAACAAAGCAAAACACAAACCUGCAAAGCCACUUCAACACCGACUCCAUCCAACGAGGGAGAAGCUGUUUUCCAGCACCACCACGCCUGGGGUGCUCUGGUAUCAGUUUUUGGUUUUCCGACUAAGUGAUAGAUUUUACCUGGACGACAAGACGGACGGUCAACUAUUCCUUUUCUUUAAGAAAAAUUCUUAUUAGUUAGGAUAAAAUAUCUUUAUACAAUAGGAAAUCCUUACCCCGUGUUGUCGUAUCGUCGCCAUCCCGUGUGAAGUUCCAAUUAUAUCCACGCGUGCGCGAACAUUAGGGUAGAGCUCUGGCCUAGAAUAUAGUAGUUUACGGUGUUUGAGUCCUAGGUUUCCUGAAAUAUUAUAAAGAUAGUUUCCCUGAAAAUAAAAAAAAAAUAGAAAAAAUAAAUAAAAGGAAUAAGGUAAAAAUAGAUAAUAUUUUGUCCACUUACCUGGUUUACCCGAACGGACCUUAAUACGGACGGACAGGAAAGCCUCAUCCGCCAAAAGAACUCUUCCGCUCUAUGAUUGCCUCCCGUAAACCAGCUAGUUGCAGCAGAAAACACUUGCCAGAUCCCGUUUAUCCACAAGCAGAGAAAUUAUGAACUUUUAAGAAACUAAAUUGAAUUAUAAAAACUAAUUAAAAAGGAGAAUUAAAAAAUAAAGUGAGAUAACAUUUACUUCUUUGUGAAUUUACUGAAAUAUAAAAACAUAUUUAGUCACUUCCUAAAUAUAACAAUGAAUGCCAAAUAAAAAAUUUCAUUAACAAUCAAUGUAUGAAAAAUCUAUAGGUUUAACCGAAAAGGCAAGAUUUACUACGUCACUAAGUACGACAACAAUGGAACCUAGUCAACGUAAACGUAUUACACGAAAUAUUGAUUCAUUAGUAAAUCUAACUGAUUUCGAUCAAUUGUGUCGGGCCUGUUACAGUAAUCAAUUGUUAAGUAAUACUAUGAUACAAAAUAUUUAUAAUUAUGAACCAGAAAAUUAUACUGAAUACACUGAUGAUGAAGACACCAUUAAAAGAAAGCGUCAUAAAAGAUUAUUUUUAAAAAUUACAAAAAGAGGUCCAGAGGCUUUUGAAAAAUUACGUCAAAUUUUUAUAGCUUUAAAAUAUAAAGAUGCUUUGAAUAUAUUGUUUGGUGCCGAUGAAGAUAUGAUUUCGAUAAGAUCGAGUAAAAUAACUGGUACAGCGACGUUGGCAAAUGAUGUUGAUGAUAAUGAAGAGAAUAUUGAAGACCAUAAUAAUAGGGAUAAUGUUGGUUUAAAUAGACAGAUUUCCCUCUCUCGAACUAACAACGAUAAUAACACCGAUUUACAUGAAUAUAAGGGUUUAAUUCAACCUAGAAAACCUAUUUUUGUUCAACCAGCAACCAGUAUUACCAUAGAUCCCAAAAUUGGAACAUAUCCCAUGGAAAGUAAAAAUAAACGUGGUAUUUUCUUUAUGGUGAAAAGUGAUGAACAGCAAUCAGAACUGGAUGAAGAUGAUCACUCACUAUUGUCACUGUUUCAACAAUUGGACUUUAAACUCUAUGCCUACAGCAAUAUAACACUCAAUAAAUUCCACGAACUACUUGAGCAGUUACUAUGCUCUGAUGCCAUCAAUGGUGUAGAAUGUUUUGUUUUGUCCUUACGAUCAGGUGGUCGUAUAAUCGAUGGUGAACAAAGGAUUACAUUUAAUGAUGGUUCUGUAGUUAAAGUAGAAGAAAUUCAACAACAUUUCUAUAGUCAACAAUGCAAACAGCUAGUGGGCAAACCGAAAAUUUUCAUAUAUCCCUAUAGUGAAAUAUCGAAUAGAACUCUUAGUCAUACGAACAGAAUACAAACAGACAGUAUUGGUCAACAGGUUCAUUUAAAACAUGUAUCUCAAUUGUCGGAUGUUAUUAAUUGUUAUGCCACAACUAAGGGUUUCAUGGAUCAACGGGAUAAUGAGAAUUAUACACGUUAUAUAGAGAAUUUUGUUGAUGUCAUGGCCGCACAUGCAUGUGAUACUCAUUUCGAGAAUAUGCUUAAGAAAAUUCAAACAAAUGUUGCCGUAUUGAGUGUUAGUCGAGGCCAAUACUUACAAAUGUCCAGUUAUGAUAAUAUUAGCUUUAAUAAAGUUCUAUAUUUUAAUCCAGGAAUCCAUGUGAAUUAAAUUAUUUAUAAGAAUUUGUUAUAAUGUUUUUUUUACAUUUCAAUAGCUUUAAAUUAAAAAAGUAAUCAGUUUUACUUAAUUGUAAAUUAUGAAUGCCAAUAAUUCGCAAUGUAAAUCUAAGUUCCUUUAAUACAAUUGAAGAUUGGUAAAAUUUUAAUGAAAAAUUUUGAAAUAGGUAUUAUUUAUUAAUAAUAAAUUUAAGAAAUAUUAAUAUGUUCAAAGUGAAAAAUUAUGUUUAACUUAAUUAUACAAAAAGUUUAAUUUUAUUAGUAAUGAAUUAAAUAUACAAAACGUUAUUUUUUUGCUAUUAUAUUAAUAGUAUAGUAAUACAUUUCAAAUGUAGCUAAAUAAUAUGUCUGUUCCCGUAGUCAUCCGUUUUGCGAGUCAGAAAAACAACACAAUACAUUGGAAUUUUAGUACGGAAACGACUUAUUGUACAAAAGACAAAAUAUAAAAUAUUUUGUAAUAUGUAUGUAAUUGUAAUAUAAUAAUAACACUGGUCUGAGAAAGAAAAAUUAUAAUAAAAUUAGGAUACAAAACCUACAUCUGCUUUUCAUUUCAUUCUAUCAUAUCUAGUUUCUGAAAUAUUCAAAUUUUUGCUUUAACAAUUGUUUUACCGUCCUUACUCCAAAAUAUUUUUUCGAAAAUAUGUAUAUUUCUUUGAU